AUACAUCUGCAUGGUGCAAACAAGUGUGGACAAACUAUCAGCUGCUGCAGACCUGAUUGUAAGAGAGAUUUCCCAUCUAUUUCCUGAGGAAUGGAAGACCUCCAGAAUGUGGGAUAUGGGGAAAAGGAAUGUAAAAAAACAAAAACAAGGUCCACCGGGUCCACCUGAAGCUGUGACAAUUGAUGAGAUAACAGACACUACAGCUCAGGUUUCUUGGAGGCCAGGAGCAGAUAAUCGCAGUCCCAUUACAACAUAUGUUAUUCAAGCAAGGACACCAUUUUCUGUGGGAUGGCAAGGAGUAAAUACAGUGCCCGAUGUUAUUGAUGGAAAUACAUUUACAGCAACAGUGGUAGGCUUAAACCCAUGGGUUGAAUAUGAAUUCCGAAUAGUAGCUGCCAGCCUUAUUGGAAUUGGAGAGCCAAGCAAACCAUCAGAGAAACGAAGAACUGAAGAGGCCCUUCCUGAAGUCACUCCAGCCAAUGUCAGUGGAGGUGGUGGCACCAAAUCUGAAUUGGUUAUAACAUGGGAGACAGUGCCAGAAGAGUUACAAAAUGGAGGAGGGUUUGGUUAUGUUGUUGCCUUCCGCCCGGUUGGUACAAUAAGUUGGAUGCAGACUGUAGUGGUUUCGCCUGAUGCCUCCAAAUAUGUGUUUCGGAAUGAGAGUUUACCUCCAUUUUCACCAUACGAAGUUAAAGUUGGAGUGUACAACAACAAAGGAGAAGGUCCUUUCAGCCCUGUCACAGUUGUUUAUUCAGCCGACGAAGAACCCACCAGAGCUCCCACUAAUGUCUUUGCCAAAAGCCUUUCUGCUUCAGACAUAGAAGUCUUUUGGUCUUUGCUGCCAGAGACCCAGAGCAAAGGAAGAAUACAGGGCUAUGAGGUUAGAUAUUGGAAACAUGGAGAUAAAGAAGAGCAGGCUGGAAGAAUGAAAACCAUGACCAAUCAGACUUUUGCAAAAAUCACCAACUUGAAGAGCAGUGCUUUAUACCACUUGGCUGUCAAAGCUUACAACACAGCAGGGAUGGGACCAUCCAGUGCUGUAGUCAAUGUGACAACCAAAAAGCCACCUCCAAGUCAGCCUCCUGGAAACAUUAUAUGGAAUUCAUCAGACUCUAAGAUUAUACUGAACUGGGAUCAAGUUAAAGCACAGAAUAAUGAAUCUGAAGUGAAAGGAUACAAAGUGUUCUAUAGAUGGAACAGACAAAACAGUAUGUCUAUUAUAGAAACAAACAAAACAUCUGUGGAGCUUUCACUGCCCUUUGAUGAAGAUUACAUUAUAGAAAUAAAGCCAUUCAGUGAUGGAGGGGAUGGCAACAGCAGUGAACAGAUUCGAAUUCCAAAGAUAACAAAUGCAUAUGCGAGAGGGUCAGGAGCUUCAACUUCAAAUGCUUGUACACUGUCAGCCAUCAGCACAAUAAUGAUUUCCCUCACAGCGAGAUCAAGUUUAUGACAAAAAAUAUUGAAAGGACUUCCUGUUUAUAAUAUAACUAAGCAACAUUUAGCUAGUUGUU